UUCCGUUUCAAAUUUAAAAUCUUAAAUUAUGAGGCGAAUCUCAACAGACAUUGGUUGGCUUUCUAUAAACUCCAAAGACCUCCUUGGCGCUUAUCGCGAAUUUCUCAUUACCAUAAGACAUUUCUGAAAGAAGAAAAAAAACAGAGAAAAACAAAAAUGACUUACAAAUAUAUUAUUCCAUGGGUCAUGAUGGCCCAAUGCUUCAUACUAGUCACUACUAGUAAUACAAGCAAAGUUCCGGCCAUCAUCGUGUUCGGAGACUCCUCCGUUGACGCAGGCAACAACAACUUCAUCCCGACGAUUUCCAGGAGCAAUUGGCCGCCUUAUGGUCGCAACUUUCCUGGUGGUAAGGCCACUGGAAGGUUCUGCAAUGGUAAAAUUCCACCAGAUUUCAUUUCCGAGGCAUUUGGGCUUAAGCCAACUGUGCCACCAUACUUGGAUCCAAAGUGUGAUAUAUCAGACUUUGCCGAUGGAGUCUCCUUUGCCUCUUCUUCCUCUGGCUUUGACACUGCCACUUCCAAUUUGCUAAGAGUGUUAUCUACAUGGAAGCAAGUGGAGCUCUAUAAGGAGUAUCAGAAGAAGCUGAGAGGCCAUGUUGGAGAGAAAAAGGCCGACUACAUAAUAAGUGAGGCGUUGUAUGUUAUAAGCAUGGGAACAAAUGACUUUCUUUCGAACUACUAUCUAAAUCCACUCGUUCAAGUUAGAUACUCUAUUGACCAGUACCAAAAUUUUAUCAUCGGAAUAGUUGAAAAUUUGCUUAGGGAACUACAUAAUCUCGGAGCUCGGAAAAUUUCCAUUGUAGGGCUUCCACCAAUGGGGUGUUUGCCAUUCGAGAGAAGUACGAAUAUAUUCAGAUUGAAAGGCGAUACGUGUGUGGAGGAAUACAACAUGGUGGCUAUGAGUUUCAAUUCCCAGCUGAAUACUUUGUUGCAAAAGCUGAACAAGGAAGUUCCUGGUAUUAGGUUGGUGUACGCAAAUUCUUAUGACCUUUUAUGGGACUACAUCCAUGAUCCUGCCAAAUACGGGUUUGAGAAUACAGGAAGGGCAUGUUGUGCCACUGGGAGGUUUGAGUUGAGCUUCUUAUGCAACGAACUCGAUCCAACAACAUGCCAAGAUGCAUCUAAGUUUGUGUUCUGGGAUUCUUUCCAUCCUACCGAGAAAACAAAUCGUCUCAUCGCCGAAACUUUGGCUAAAACUGGAUUGAAACAGUUCUUUUGAUUUCUUACCAUGCUUAAAAGUGGCUGUAUUGAUUUUUUUUUUUUUUUUGAAAGCAAAUAACUUCCACAAUACUUUUGAGAUACUUUUAAAAGUGGCUGUGUUGAAUUCUACUUUUUGUUUUGAAAGAAGAGGAGGUACAGUUACACCAGAGAACUCAGUGACAGUUG